ACUAUUUUUAUAGCAGCACCCGGGCGCUUCAGUAAGGAAGUCAACAUGUCGACUUCGUACCGAAACAGGAUCCAGGAAUUCAAAGGGGCUUUGGGAGAGGAAAAAAUCGACCUGAAGGCGCUUCGCGAGCUCUGCUUUAGUGGAAUCCCCUUUGAAGGUGGAAUACGUGCUUUGUGUUGGAAGAUCCUGUUAAACUACCUGCCCCUGGAUCAGUUGCUAUGGGAGUCCUUCUUGGAAAAACAGAGGGAGCUGUAUUGCCAGUUCCUGAAGGAAAUGAUCAUCCAGCCGGGCAUCGCCAAGGCCAACCUGGGGCUCUCCAGAGAGGACGUGACCAUGGAGGACCACCCUCUGAACCCAAACCCUGACAGCAGAUGGAACAACUACUUCAAAGACAAUGAGGUUCUGCUUCAGAUCGAUAAAGAUGUCAGGCGACUGUAUCCAGACAUGGCCUUCUUCCAGAGGCCCACAGAGUUCCCCUGCAAGCUCAUCCUCGACCCUCAGAACGAUUACGAAACCCUCCGGCGCCGUGUGGAGCAAACAACCCUCAAAUCUCAGACUGUGGACCGUAACCGCAGUGGAGUCACCAACGUGAGCUCUCCUGGGAAAGCGCUCAAUCUGUACCCCUCCAAUGAGUACGAGGUGCUGCCCAAUGGCUGCGAGGCUCACUGGGAGGUGGUGGAGCGCAUCCUGUUCAUUUAUGCCAAGCUCAACCCAGGCAUUGCCUAUGUGCAGGGCAUGAAUGAAGUUGUAGGACCCAUCUACUACACAUUUGCCACGAACCCUAAUGAAGAAUGGAAAGAACAUGCCGAGGCAGACACCUUCUUCUGCUUCACCAACCUGAUGUCGGAGAACCGAGACAACUUCAUCAAGAGCCUGGAUGACUCUCAGUGUGGCAUCACUUACAAGAUGGAGAGUGUCUACUCCAUGCUCAAAGAGAAGGACAUGGAGCUCUACCUUAAGCUGCAAGAGCAGAACAUUAAGCCUCAGUACUUCACCUUCCGCUGGCUAACCCUGCUGCUGUCUCAGGAGUUCCUUCUGCCUGACGUGAUCCGCAUCUGGGACACGCUCUUCUCCGACCAGGACCGCUUCCACUUCCUCAUCCUGGUCUGCUGUGCCAUGCUCACGUUGAUCCGAGAUCAGUUGUUGGCAGGAGACUUUACAAUAAACAUGAGACUACUUCAGGAUUAUCCCAUAUCUGAUGUGCACACCAUCCUCACUAAGGCCAAGGAGCUUCAGGAUGGAUCGUAGCCAUGACGGUGACUUUUGACCUCCCGACUCCUCAUCCAUCUGCACAGAGAAGGGAUGGAGGGGGGAUAGAAACCAUGGAAACUGGUAACCUGGACGACAACAAUGCCCUGUCACACCCUGGGAGGGAGAGGGGGAAGACGCCACCAUUGCUGUACAUUGUGGGGAUAACAAACAAUACAAAACGCAACAAAGAAACAAAGAACAAUCAUGACUCUACGUACGCCUUACCCUCACAGUUGCCACUCUCCCAGCCAGAUUGUGUGUGGGCUUGAGCUAUUUAUUGUUGCACUGAACACUUGAGAAAUCCAACACACUCAAAAGCAGAGCAAGCUACAGAGAAACAUGCAGGAAAAAGUAUCAUGUUGAACAGUUACGAAAACACUCCACCUUGUUCGUCUUUUUCCCUUUUACGUAUCAGAGGGUUUUACUUUGUUCUUAAUCUCUUUUUUUAUGAGCGGAUGUUUUACGUGAUUUACUUGACAUAUAUUACUUUGUGUGUUGUUACUUUUUACUGUGGACUUUAUACAAAAGAAGGAAUACUACAUUUUGAAGAUGGGGGCAACUUGAGUUGGUCUGAGAUGCACCUUGGCACCUUGGUGUGUCUUGAAUCAGAGUUUGAGAUCAGAAGAUCCUUACAAGUGCUUUUCCCUUUUGGUAUAAGGGAAUAUCGAUUGGAACGUUGCCAAUCCACUCUUAACAGGGUUCUCGCAUGUUCAGGUUCUCUGCUUGGGAGAUCAUCUGAUGUAGUUCACUUCACACACUAUGCUAACAUCAUGCUCACAUUCUCAUUUUCAUUUUAUUUUACAUAUAGUAUAUAUUUAGCAAAACAAACUACUUCCACAGAGUAAUUUCCUAACUACUAAUGUUUAGCCUUGACUCUUCAACAGUUAGAAGGAUUAGUAUAAGUGACUGCGAGCUCAUGCAUCCAUUGGCGUGAGAAGUGGUGUGUGAAUGAAAAGUGAGUGUGAGCUAGUUCUCCACCUCAUAGUACCCUUAUUAUGUAUAGUGCAUAAUGCAUAAUGAUACCCGCUUAAGUGCUUUUUUGGUGAUUGUCUACUUGACAGCUGACGAAUGUCAUAUCUGGCCUUCUGAUCUACUCUGUAAAAUGUAGUAGUUGUUGCCUUGUUAGCGGAAGGGCACUGUGUUAUCGAUACAGUUAUUUGCAAACUCAAAUCGUUUACGAACAAACAUAAAUAAUCCCGUCGCUAAAUAUUGCCCAGUCUAAAAUUCAAACAAUUUGAUAAACAAUGUAUAGAAAUUCGCGAAAUAGUUAUCCUGUGAAUAUAAACAUUGACCUUUUCUUUGCCAGCCACAUUUCUUACUUAAAGAGAUUCAUUUUUGAUUUUAAGUUAAAUUGCUAAAUUAAGUGCAAUAAUGCAUCAGACAGAAAAUAAGCGAUCUAAAAGUGGUUAUCAUCUCACUAAGCUUUGUGUAACUUUGUAGUUAUGAGCAUGACUGCGAUUUCAGCUGUACAAUGCUAUAUGUGUGAAGUCUGACUUCAAAACCAGAUCAAAGGCAGAUCAAUGUGCUCUAAAUGUAUCUUGAUCUGUGAGGCCAGCUUUGAUGGCUAAGCCAUACCAGGCUGUUUUUCCUCACAACUGAAGAAUAUGAUACUGGCUUGGCACCUUUUGGUGUUGGAACGCCAACCAAUGGAAGUGUUUUCAGAUCUAGAACCACCCACAGCUCCUCUGACUUUGCCAGUAGAGUUAGUGAGGUUUUUCUGAAAGUCACUCAAAGUCUCCCUCCCUCUCUUUCUUUUGCCCUGGAACUACAGUGAUCCCCCUCUCUCCUUGCUUUGUUAGGCUCUCGUAAAUUUUGGGUCAUGUAUCUUCAGCUGAAGUGGACUUGUCACCCAUUCUCAUUUAGCAUGCCGGUAUUGUCUCUGCGCGCACACUAGGCGCUUUCAUUGCUCACGAGGCUACAAUGUUGCUCUUUCAGGCAGGCCCGCAGUCAUCAGAGAUGACUUUACUUGGGUGUUUGUGUGUCCUUUUUUUGUUUUGUUUUUGUCUCUUGAGCAAAAUAACCCAUUGGCAUUUGUCACUACUGGCACAACAAGCCUUGCAGUGAGCAGUUUCUUCUUGCCAAUAUCCCCAUGACAUCUGCAUAACAGUGCUUCAACAAAUAGAAGUGUUUUUUUUUUUUUUUUUUUUUUUUUUUAUGGGGCAAGUUGGAUAAUUCCAGAUUCUCCUCUGGACCAUUACUGUUACUGUUGUUGUCCCAGACAGCCUUUCUGUGAGUAUGAAUACUACUCACUUGACAAUGAAGACAUAUUGAGGCUGGUUGCCUUUUCCCACAAACCUAGAAGCAGUUUGUGCCAUGUACCCUGACAUCUGUGAAAAUUGUUCAUUAUGGGUUGCAUAUGCUACAUUUCGACACUCAAGUCCUUGAAGGACGCGGAGAGAGCAUGGAGGACACAGGAACUUUGGGCUUCACAGAGUCUCUGCCACUCUCAGCGGUUAAGUUCUCAAAUAUGCCCUCCUCACUUCCAGUGUUUGUUUUGUUUACAUGCUAUUAAUGGAGGUUUUUUUUUCAUACAGUACAUAUUUGUUUUGUCUUUUUUUGUUUGUCAAUUAACUUUUAAAUAUGAACUUGUGUUGAAGGGGAUUUGUGAACGUUUAUGGCUUGGACAUGGUUGUGCUGUUUGAGACAUCACCUCUUCUGUGAAGGCAUAAAAGUCAUUAUGGUACUGGGCAUGAAGGCAGGUGUCAGAAGGUGUCUCAGUCUCACUCAUAUAGAAAGUCUCUCAGCCAUUUUCCACCCUUUUUAAGUCUUCCUCUUCCUUAAGUUUACAUCUUAAAGAUGUCUCUUUCUGAUCUUCCUUCCGUUCAGACCACGUUAACUGUGCUUCAUGAUUUCAGUUUGAACGGACCGCCUGUAUUGUGAUUGUUAGAGGCUUGUAGGAAAACAUGACCUGACCUUUCUCACUACACUCGGUCACUGUUUUGUCCAGUUUUUGGUUUGGCUUGUGGCCGUACAACCUCACCCAUUUUUAAGCUUCCAUGGGCCUUUUGUUGUGGGGAUGGGCCGUGUACAUUCACUUUACAAUGUGGU